AAACUGUCAGCUCUCAGCACCAGCCUGGCUCGAGUCGUUGCUCCUAACAUAGAGGAUGAAGCUGAAGUGGAUGAGUUUCCUGUGGAAGGAGAAACUGCCGAACAAGAGGAGACCAGGAAGAAGGAAGAAGAGGAUCUGGAGAAACAGAAGAAGCUCUUCGAAGGGCUGCAAUUCUUCCUCAACCGGGAGGUGCCGCGCGAACCCUUAGCUUUUGUCAUCAGGUGCUUUGGGGGCAAAGUGUCGUGGGACAAGUCGGUCUGCAUUGGCGCCACCUACGAUGUUGCGGAUCCAAGCAUCACCCACCAGAUUGUGGACCGCCCAAACGCAGAGAAUCAAGUGGUUGGAAGAUAUUACCUCCAGCCUCAGUGGGUUUUCGACUCGGUCAACGCCAAGAUGCGCCUUCCGGUGGCCGAUUACUUCCCCGGCGUAAUGCUGCCUCCACAUCUCUCCCCGUUUGUCUCCGAGAAAGAAGGAGACUAUAUGCCCCCAGAGAAGCUGAAACUUUUGGCCUUGCAAAAGGGUGAACAACCAGGCAAACAAAUUGGCGGAGAAGCGAAAAGCUCACGAUGCGGCUGUAAAAUCGAACAAGAAGAAAAGCAAGAAGGCACGGCGGGAAUAGCGGAGCCCGUCUCGUUUCAGGCCAUCGUUUCAUUAACGCAGCCCUGGGAAACGGACCUGGGGCCUAAAGCCAGUUCUUUCACGUGGAGAUGGACAAUAUUGGAAUCCGGAGCUUUGCCCGAGUCCCCUCUUCAUAAGCAGAACCGAUCGGGAGAAAAGCCGCGCUUUAAAGAGAAGAGGAGAGUCCAGUCCCAUGAUUCCAGAAUCACUUUCCAGGUAACUGCUUUGAUGACAGCUUUUACUUCUGAUUUUUGCAGGAAAUAUGUGUCCUACAGAUCACUAAAUCCUGAAUAUUUGCCCAAACCUCUUUUCAUCCACAGCAGUUUCAUUGGUGACAGCCGGGGUUGGAUCAAGAUGGAACAUUCUCAGCGGGGAGAGAUAGUGCUGGAAGGAACACCCAGGAUUUCAGCAGACAAUUCCCAGUGGACGUUUCCUGCCUCCUCUAAUAUUCAUGGACUGAGGUGGGAAUUCCAAGUGGAUAAUAAGACGCCAGGAAAGGGGAGGAAUGAAUGGUGGGACCUCUCCGAAGACCUUAUGACGGCCGUCCAGGAGAACCCCACCGCGCAGACAGACGGGAGGAAGGCCCUGCCGCCAGCACCAAAGUGCUGUUACAAAUCAGGAUUUGUGGAGGCGCAAGGGAGAUCCUGCCCACGUCCUUCUUUGGAGGAAGCGAUCCAGCAGAAAUGUUACUUGGAUAAACAUCAGAGGAUCCAUUCAGCUGAACAAGAAGCUGAACCCUUGGAGGUGAGGAAAGGCUUCUGCCUGGGAGACGAUUGGACCGGAUACCUGAAAAGUCACCCAGAGGAACCGUGCGAACGUCCGAAGGGUGAGAAAGACGGUAAAAACUGGAAGGCUGUAAAGAGGGAUCAAGGCAUUCAGACGGAAGGGAGGCGGCAUCGGUGCGCCCAGUGUGGGAAAUCUUUCCGACACAGACAAACGUUGGCCAAACACCAGAAGAUCCACACGGGCGAGAAGCUGCACGAGUGCCUGGCUUGCGGGAAGAGCUUCACGUCGCGAGAGCCUCUGCUGAGGCACCAGCGGAUUCACACGGGGGAGAAACCCUACGAAUGCGCCCAGUGCGGGAAAUGUUUUCGGCAGAGAGUCCACUUAAUGGGUCAUCACAAAACCCACACGGGAGAAAAACCCUUCAAGUGUCCCGAAUGUGGGAGAAAUUUCUCUCGGAGGGAUAAAUUGACCAGGCACCAGCACAUCCACCGAGGCCAGCGGUCUUACGCGCAUCCUGAACUUGGGAAGAGUUUCGAUCCGAAGGCCGCCCUACUCAAACAUCAGAGUCUCUACGGAGGACAGCCUAUUUUACCAGAGGGUUUUUACUCUCCUCAGAUGCCUACCAGGAUUCAGACCAGUUCCUAA